UUGUUGUCUCAGGAGGUAUCCAUAGGUGGUCUCGAAUAUUGUUUUUUCCUGUAAUAAUAGCAGGAUUUUAAAUGUUCGCUCAAACCGAACGUUGUCAGACUUUAUCUAAUCAGUAAGCUUUUAAGAUGGUGAAACUUUGCCACAGUGACCUGUUAGAAGCACAGCUGCGGCAGGGGAGUCACUUCAGAUCAGGUGUAAGGAAAUAAUGGACGUUUCGAGUCCCAGGACCGUAGCUGUGUCAAUAGAGACCAGUUCCAAACUGUUUUGCUGUAGAUCCAUGAGGCUGAUCCCUCUGGUGUACAGAGAGGAGCUCUACCACAUCCUGCGCAUGACUGGACCCCUGGUUGCGUCGCGCAUUCUGAAUUAUCUUCUACCGUUUGUCAUAACCAUGUUUUGUGGUCGCUUGGGAAACAGUGUGCUGGCUGGUUAUGGAAUGGCCUCAGCUACGAUAAACAUCACAACAGCAGCUACAGGAGGAGGUCUAGCAUUAGCAGCUGAUACUCUUAUCUCACAGACGUUUGGUGGGAAGAACCUGCUACGUCUUGGUGUGAUCCUGCAGAGAAGUGUCUUGAUUCUCCUGCUCUUCUGUCUGCCCUGUUGGGCUUUACUCAUCAACACCCAUCCCAUUCUUCUGCUGCUGGGACAGGACCCGGAAGUGGCCAGGAUAGCUCAACUCUAUGUGGUCUUUUACCUGCCAGCAGUUCCCGCUAUGUUUUUACAUCAGUUGCAAGUGGCCUAUCUUCAAAACCAGGGUGUGAUUCUGCCUCAGAUGUAUGCAGCCAUUGCAGCCAACAAUGCCAAUGUGAUGACAAACUACAUCCUUUUUAACUGGUUGGACCUUGGAUUAUAUGGCUCCGCUGCGGCUAACACCAUCUCACAGAUCUAUAUUUGUGCUUUCCUGUUUUUAUAUAUGUACUGGAAGAAGCUGCACAUCUACACGUGGGGAGGCUGGUCAUGUGACUCGCUGCAGGAGUGGGAUGGAUACAUGAAACUGGCCAUCCCCAGUACAAUGAUGCUGUGCUUUGAGUGGUGGAUUUAUGAAGUUGGAGGUUUUUUAGCAGGUGCUUUGAGUGAGUCGGAUCUUGCGGCUCAACAUGCAGUCAUUAUGCUGGCUUUUAUAAACUACAUGUUUCCGCUGGGGAUUCAAGGUGCUGCAUGUGUUCGUGUAGGCAACGCGCUUGGAGCUGGAGAUACUGCUGGAGCAAUCCGCACCUGCAAAGUGUCCCUCACCUGCACAGCUGCUUUGGCUGUUUUGCAAGGUCUUGUGUUAGUAUCCACAAAAACAGUGAUUGGUUUCUUGUUUACAUCAGACAGGCAUAUUGUGUGGCUUGUUUCCAAACUCCUGAACGUCUACUGUGUACUUCAGUUUUUUGAUGGUCUUGUUUGUGUCAGCAUGGGUAUUCUCCUCGGCUCUCGACAGCAGAAGAUCGCAGCUGUAGCUAACUUCUUCGGGUAUUACUGCAUCGGACUUCCACUCGGCAUUUCUCUCAUGUUUGCGGCCAAAUUAGAAGUCAUUGGCUUUUGGCUUGGGCUGCUCAUCUGCGUCUGCGUGCAGUCCAGCUUUUUCAUCUUAGUCAUUUUUAAACUUAACUGGGAGAGAGUGACCAAAGAGGCAGUGGAACGGGCCAGAAAGAGUAAAGUCUCUGACAUGACAACAGCGAGGCACAGUGAGAAUGGGGAUGAGUACAUGACUGUGAGUUCUCGAGAUGGGGAUGAAAGACACAGCAGUUCUGUGGUACAUGAGGGUCCGGGAGUGAUUCAGGAAAAGGAAGAACCCACAGGUCUGCUCCCGAUCUCUCAGAUCAUCCUCCGGAGGGGUCUGACUACCCUGGCUGCUCUUCUUAUCCUAGCUGCUGGGAUUGCUGUUCAUCUCAACGUGCCCUUACCGGAAGUGUCUUAUGGAGCAAAUGCUACUUUGGACUCAAACAUUACCACAACUUCACCCAUCAUCCAUUCACCUUCAAUAUCAGUUUGACACCAGAACACUGUUAAUGUAAAAGUGUUCGUGUUGCUUGUAAAGACCCUAAUAUCACACGUGUCUCUUCUAGAGUUACAGAUCUUAACAAAGUUCCAAACUGUGAUCGUAUUUGACAAGAUAACAAAAUGAAAAUUCGGACACUUUGAUGAACUCAAGCAUUUCCAUUAAAAUCAUCUAUCCUUUAUUUUAAAGAGUUAUAUCAUUUUGUUUAUAUCCAUACUAUUAAAAAUUGGGUGCAAUAUCGGAGACAAUGUUAAACUCAUAAAUGCAAACAUUGCAUCAUUGUAGAAUGAAACAAAAAUGAUAAUUCUACUUAAACACGCAUCGAUAAAUAGUACAUUUGUUCGGUCUUACUUGUCUCAGUCUUACUUUUUCUGUAGCUGUAUAUUUUUGUUAUGUUGCAUUGUUGCAUUAUUAUUAACAAUUAUUGCAAUUGUAAGGAUGGCAUAUAUGACAAUGAUUGUCAGGGAAUCAGUGGCAGUAAAAUCUUUUUUAUCUUCCUCUACCCUUUUGAGUAUUGUGAAGCAGAAAGUCAUUUUGUGGUCAUCUUGAAUAAUUCAAUCUCUGUCUGCCUGUAAAAAUCAGGGAUUCGAAGCCUUUCAAUAUUUUACAUGCGCCUGGUGGCACACUAACUUUUUGGCAUAAGUAGUCCUUUCAAUUAAUAAUAAAAUGAUUACAGUACAAAGCAACUUUUACAAAUGUUUUAUAUGUGUCAGUGUUGCGUAACUUGCAGCAAUAUUUUAUUACAUUUACAGAUAACAUUUGCAGGAUUUUAGUCUAAUGGGAAUCUUGUUUUACAUUCAUUGUUCUCGAAA